AUGCUCAGUGCCACACAACACCGUGUCCUUCCUGACCCGUGUACCAUCCAACAGGCUGUAAAUGCAGCACAGAGAAAGUUGGCUGUACCUCACCUUUCACAGGUGUCUCACACCAUAGGGCCAGAGAUUAUGAUACCUAUGUCAUGGCAAGGUUCAUCUAUGACACUGUUAAGUUUCGCUGGCCCCAUUGUGAUACCCCCAUCAAAUUUUGCAGGCUCUAUCAGGUAUUCAUUACAUCAUGCAGCUUAUGCUACAGAAUGCAAACACUUGGGGAAAAUUGUAUAUGCUGCUUCUCUCACUGAGACUAUUUUACUCAAGAUCACUGCAGUCUAUGAAGGUGCCGGAGCUUGCAAAAAAUGCGGAGUUGUUAUUGGGAACAUAUGUGAGGGGAAGAAGGGCAUCGACACUCAAAUUGAUGCCCCUGGACUUAUCAAGCUAGCAUUGGAGACCGUUGUGUGCGAGGAAUGA